AUGGAUUCAAUGCAGGAGAAGGAGGUCAAGCAUAUUGGGGGCAGAGUGGAUGAUACACAACAUGAAGAUACUGAUCGCCAAAGCCAAGAGUCGACCGUGAAGCAAGAUAUGACCAUUGAGCAUGGACAUCCAGCCCCGGAUGGCGGAUAUGGCUGGGUGGUCGUGGCUUGUGUGUUCUGGCUGCAAGUCAAUACGUGGGGCAUCAAUGGGAGCUAUGGGAUCUUUCUGUCCCACUAUAUGACCAACAAUGUAUUUCCGGGAACCAGUGCCUUCGCCUACUCCAUGGUGGGCGGCUUAUCGAUUGGCUGCGCAUACCUGAUGGCCCCAUUUACCGUUUACUUGAUCCGCACGCACGGUACUCAUGCCACCCUGAUUGGGGGCAUCAUCAUCCAGAGCGGAGGCUUGAUUGCGGCCUCCUUCGCCACAAAGAUCUGGCAGCUCUUUCUAGCACAGGGAGUCUGUUUCGGUACCGGCAUGGGCGUCAUCUAUAUGACGUACCUGGGCAUCCCGGCACAGUGGUUUGAGCGCAAACGCAGCAUCGCAAACGCGAUCCCCGCCGCCGGAGCGGGGACGGGCGGGAUCAUCUACUCGCUGGCGAUCCAGUCGAUGAUCGAGAACAUCGGGCUGAGGUGGACGUACCGCACGCUGGCGCUGGUGUCGCUGACGGCGAACCUGGUGAGCGCGGCGUUCCUGCGCGACCGCCACAAGGCGACGGCGAGCCGGCACACGGCGUUCCAGUUCCCCUUGCUCCGGCGGGCGGAAUUCGUGCUGCUGCUGGGGUGGGCGAUCUUCAGCACGCUCGGGUUCGUCGCGGUCAACUUCAGCCUGCCGAACUUCGCCGUCUCGAUCGGGCUGUCGUCGCACCAGAGCAGUGUGGUCGGCGCGCUGCAUAACCUGGGCCAGGGGGUCGGGCGGCCGCUGAUUGGGCUGCUGAGCGAUCGCUGGGGCCGGCUGAACGUCGCGUCGGUGCUGUCAUUGGUGUGCGCGGGUUUCUGCUUCGCGAUCUGGAUCCCCGCCCAGGAUAUGGCGGUCGUCUCGGCCUUCGCAACGAUCGGGGGCAUGGUGUCGGGUACCUUUUUCGCCACGGUGGCCCCCGUGAUCGUCGAGGUGAUUGGGCUGCAAGACCUGCCGGGCGCGCUGAGCAUCCUCUGGCUCGUUCUGAUCUCGCCCGGGGCGUUUGGCGAGGCGAUCGCGCAGGCGCUGCGGCGGCCGGCAUGGGGCACGGCGGCCUACCAGCCGGUGCAGGUCUUCUCGGGGAUCCUCUACAUCGCGGCGGCGCUGUGUUUGUGGUUUGUGCGAGGGUGGAAGGUCCAACAGAAGCUGCAAGAGGAAAGUGAACAGGCGAGUAGAGACAAAAAUCUCACCGAUGUGGUGGUAUGUGCCAAAGAGGGAGAGGCAGAAGAUGUGGUGAGGAAGUCGGUGUGGAGGGAUCCCGUUGGGCUGGGAAGGGAAAUGGUGCGUUGGUAUCGUGUGUGA